AUGGCGACGGAUGCAGACACACUGUGCACAGAGCUCAAUAAAUUAAAGAAAUCUGACAUUAUUAGCCUAAUAAUACAUCAAGAGUUACCGGCAUAUGUUAAUAACAACAAAGUGCUUAUAGAUUUCGCAAAAACGCUGAGUGAAAGUGCCCUAGUGAUAUCAAGAACAAGGUCAAACGAUGACAGUAUUGAAUACAGUGAUGCCAUGGACGACGCUAUAGAGGACCAUGAGAAUCUAAUAAAGACAUGUGAGUUUGUAAAACGUGAAAAUUCUACCUUAAACAAACUAAACAGCCAUCUCGAAAAAAGAACUACGGACCAAGAAACAAUUAUCCGUCUUCUGCAUGUACAAGUUAAUUUGACAACGACGUCAGUGCCCUCUGCAAAGAUAACAAACAAUCAACAUAAAGUCAUUGAUAAAAGGAAGAAAAAAGAAACGGAUGAAUAUAUCUCCAAGCAAAAAGAAGAUACGAGCAAAACAAGACCCAGCACAAAAUCCGUAAACAGGCUGAAAACAACGGUCAAUGACUCGGACGAACAAAAUCAGAUGAAAUAUGUGGUAAACGGUAAAAAAAGUAUUACUAACAAAGGGACGUACUCCAAUAAUAACUCUUUCGCGGAGGUAACCAAACGUGCUUGGUUACAUCUGGGGAAGGUUCAGCUAAAUACAACACCAGAACAAGUACAAAAUUACUUGCAGACGACAUUUCCCAAUAAACAAUUUAUAGUUGAACAACUACCAACGAGGGAAAAUGCAAAUAGCAUAUCGUUUAAAAUAGGGGCUGACUACUCUCUUCUAGAAGAACUGCAGAACGAAGAAAACUGGCCCGAAAAUGUGAUGAACUGUCAAAGUUUAACAAAUAAAGUAACUGAACUCGAAAUAUUGCUUGCAGAAUGUGAAAGUGACAUAGUUUGUUUAUCUGAACAUUGGUACCAAAUUAAUACCAUCUUAGGAGUGAAUUUAGAAAAUUACAGAAUUCUUAACUACUUCAGUAGAAGCCAGUUCAAACAGGGAGGAACGGCCAUAUUUGGAAAACUUGGAAUAAGUGGUGAACCUAUUGAAAAAAUAAAAGACCUAUGUGUGGAACUUCACUUCGAAUGCUCCGCUGUAAGAUUUAAUCAUCCUAACUUCGGAAAAUUCAUAGUUGCAGCUUUGUACCGUAGCAGCAGUCAUGAACAACGUAAUGAAUUAAUUGAUAUGCUAGGUUCAUACAAUCUAAAACCCGUAAUAGACAAACCAACAAGAGGCGUUAGCUGUCUGGAUAAUAUAUGCAUCCCGAUAGAAAUGAUGGUAGAUAAAUCUGAGAAUUUCAACAACCUACAGCAAUUUAAUACUGUUGUAAAUAGAUAUGGAAGGCUCUUGGACUUGAUAUAUUCUAAUCUUGAAUGUUCUGUCGAAAAUGCUAUCUGUCCGUUGGUCGACGAAGAUUUCCAUCACCCAGCGCUUGAGCUGAAUCUAAAUUUCCAGUCUGGCAAACCUCCCAGCUCUUUCCGUAUGAAUAAUAGUGUUUCGAACUACAAUUUCAAGAAAGCGAACUUUCCUCUUCUCUAUGAACUAAUUACAAACGCUGAUUGGUCCUUUUUGGAAAAUAUUAACAAUGUCAAUUUAGCAUGUAAAAAAUUUUAUGAUAAAUUGUACAGUCUUUUUGAUUUAUCUGUUCCGAAAUCUAUUUAUCGUGAUCGCCGGUACUACCCACCUUGGUUCUCAUCCGAAAUUAUAAGCAACUUACGCCUUAAAUGGUCUACAUACAAACAGCAUAAAAAACUCAGAAGUGACCAGUCCUAUCACCUAUUUAAUACUCAGCGUGCAAAAUGCAAGAAACUUAUUAAAGAGGCACACAAUCACUACCUUUCAUCUAUAGAAAAUUCAAUCAUCAAUGAUCCGAGCAAAUUUUGGGCUUACAUCCAAAACAAAAAAGGUUCUACGCGUAUCCCAGGAGUCAUGUGUUAUAACAACGAAGAAAUCUCAAAUCCUGCAGACAUUGUUAACGCCUUUGGCAAUUACUUUCAUAGUGUUUUUAUACAUUCUACUCCCAUCGACCCAGCUUCCCUAUCACUUCAACAAUGCGUCUUCAAUAAUACCGUUUCAGUCAAUGAGAUCUCCGUUGAUGAUGUUCGAAAACACUUGCAGCGAUCCAAAAAUUCGCAAACUACAGGUGUUGAUGGUGUUCCCAGUUUUCUCCUACGUGAUUGUGCUUCUGUUCUUGCUGCUCCCUUAGCUAAAAUUUUCAAUCGGAUGUUGCAGUAUUCAACUUUUCCAGAUAUAUGGAAAAAAGCCUUUAUAUGUCCUGUACUUAAAAAAGGCAAAACCAAUGACGUUACAAACUACAGACCGAUCUCUUUGCUGUGCAAUUUUGCGAAAACUUUCGAGUCAAUUAUUUACGAAACUAUCUACAAUUCAGUCAAACCUUUUAUCUCUUCAUAUCAGCAUGGCUUUAUGGCUAACUGUUCAACGGUCUCGAAUCUUGCUGUUUUCUCCCAGUAUUUGUCGGAUUCCCUGGAUGAUAAAUGUCAGGUCGAUGUAAUAUACACGGAUUUCCAAAAAGCUUUUGACAGGAUUGAUCAUUACGUUUUACUGGAAAAGCUCAGCCGUUUCGGUUUCUCCGAACCACUAUUAAAAUUGAUUCAAUCCUAUUUAUUUGAUAGAGAAUUCAGAGUUAGAUAUCGUAAUUUUACAUCUGUUGCAUUUGUACCCACUUCGGGCGUGCCACAGGGUUCCAAUCUGGGUCCAUUGCUUUUUCUAUUGUUUAUCAACGAUCUUGCUGAAUCUGUAUCUUGUAAAAAGUCAUUGUUCGCCGACGAUUUCAAACUCUUUUCAAUCAUCAAUUCAGUCAGUGAUUGUUUUCUUCUCCAACAAAAUUUAAACUCGGUGACCCGCUGGUGCGACAGCAAUCGUCUCCAACUCAAUAUUUCCAAAUGUAGAGUAGUCUCUUACUCAAGAAAACAAGACAUUAUCACCUACUCGUACAAUGUAAAUGGUAUUCUAAUGGAGCGUUCACAAACAGUCAAAGACCUAGGUGUAGUUUUUGACAGCAAACUUGCUAUCAUUGACCACAUUAAUACAACCGUUAACAAAUAA